AUGGAGUUGAUGCCUUACAGCGCUUCUAGCGCCGGAGACCCCCGUCCAAUACCGACUACGGGAGCUGUGUGUACGGAGUUUGUAAAUUUUCGCCGUGGCCGCGUGGGUUUUCUCCGAGUUGAUCAAUUCCUUCCCACACUACAAAGACGUACAGGUAAUUUUGUGGCGAUCAUCGUACUCGGACGGGGAAAGUGCGGACUGUCCCGGAGCAUCACCUACUACCUGGUGGCGAUGGCGGCAGCAGAUCUAUCGGCCGUCUUCUUCAACGUGUCGAUAUUUUACCUUUACGCUGCGAUUUUUCAGGAUAUUCACACAGUUGCUUGCACCCUACAAAGAGUGAUGGCCUAUGUGUCCCUGGACUGGUCAGUCUGGUUAACUGUCGCUUUUACAUUUGAUCGCUAUGUGGCCAUUUGUUGCCAGGACUUUAAGACCAGAUACUGCACGGUUCGAAUCGCUACGGUGGCGAUAGCGACAGUGUAUGUGGUGAGUUUAAUACGGAAUAUUCCCUACUAUUUUGCAUUUUAUUCUUAUUAUAUAAACAUGCCAAUUGAUUGUAUCGAAAAGCCGGAAUACUUUUCCCACCCCGGGUGGCUUGCCUUCUCCUGGAUUCACACCAUUUUAACACCUUUGCUUCCGUUUUUCGUUAUUGUGUCCCUUAAUAUCCUGACGGUCAGAUCGAUCGUGGUGGCGAGCCGAGCCCGGAGUAAGCUCCGCGCUCACGUCAGUGAGGAGAAACAGGAGGACCCGGAGAUGGAGAGUAGAAGGAAAUCGAUAAUUUUACUCUUCUGUGUGUCCGGCAGUUUCAUCCUCCUGUGGCUGACGGAUGUGUGCUUCUUCAUUUACACGCAUAUUGCCAACUUACACACAGUCCAAAGCUACGCUAACCCAAGGUACAUGGCAAUAAAUGCUGCGGACAUGCUUAAAAUUCUGAGUUCGUGCACGAACACGUUUAUUUAUGUGGUGACUCAGUCUAGGGUCAGAGCCGAACUAAAACAUGCAAUCAUGUAUCCCUUCACAAUGUGUCUUAAACCUGUUAAAAAAUAA